AAAUACAAGAGCUUCAUUGGUAAUGCUUUCAAUACAUGUGCAGUUGGGUCUACGUUGAUGUACACACACACACACACACAUAUAUAUCUUCUUCAUCAUUUCAAUUCAUACUGCUAAUAUAUUCUAAGCCAUGGCUUGUGAAGAAGAAGAAUUCGGCAGGCGGGAUUAUCUGGUGUUGAAACCAGCAGAAGCUAGUCUAUUCGAUCUUGUUCGUAUCUUAUAUUCAUCUGAAUUAAACAAAAGACAGUUUGUUCAGUGCCGGGAGACAGAGAAGCUCGAGUACAGAUGGAUUCUGUUCAUCUCCGUCCUUGCGCAGAAACUCCUCCUUUACUUGAAAACGCCCAUGAAACUGAUAGGCUACUUGCUCACUAUGUGGCUCAACUUCGUGUCAAUCAAUGGUGGUUUCUUCUCACUCUUGCAAAAAAUCCGAAAAGGAAACAUUGUGCCGCCACCAAGCGAAAAAUCAGCAACCUUCACAUCUGUGGUGGGAAAUAUUGAUCUAAGACUAGACCUAGAUUCAAGUAUCAGAAAUGGAGACCCAAGAUAUGCUCCAUCACUGUCUAUGAUGGCUGCUAAAUUGGCCUAUGAGAAUGCAGCUUUUGUCGAAACUAUUGUCAGAGAUCACUGGAAGAUGGAAUUCUUGGAGUUCUUCAACUUCUGGAAUGAUUUUCAGAAAAAAUACACGACCCAAGCUAUGAUGUUCCAAGAUACAAGUGCUAACCCUGACCUGAUCAUGGUGGCCUUUAGAGGAACCGAUCCGUUCGACGCCGACGAUUGGGUCACAGAUGUGGACAUCUCAUGGUAUGACAUUGAGAACGUUGGUAGAAUCCAUGGUGGCUUUAUGAAAGGCUUGGGUUUACAGAAGGGCAAAGGGUGGCCCAAGGAGAUAAAUCAAUCCCCGGAAAAACAAUUUGCUUACUACACAAUAAGACAGAAGCUGAGAGAGCUAUUACAAAAGAAUGAGAAUGCAAAGUUUGCAGUGACAGGACACAGCUUGGGAGGGGCACUAGCAAUUCUGUUUGUGGCAGUGUUAGGGUUACAUGAGGAUGAGGAUGCAUGGUUGUUGGAGAGGUUGGAAGGGGUGUACACUUUUGGGCAGCCUAGGGUUGGAGACGAGAAGUUUGGGGAGUUUAUGGAAGAAAAGUUGAGGGUGCAUGAUGUGAAAUAUAUUAGGUUUGUUUAUUGCAAUGACAUAGUGCCUAGAUUGCCAUAUGAUAAUGGAAUUAUGUUGUUUAAGCACUUUGGGACCUGUCUCUACUACAACAGCUCCUACAAAGGCAAGGUUGUGUCGGAGGAACCAAACAAGAACUACUUCUCACUCCUGUGGGUAAUUCCCAAGAUCUUAAACUCUGUUUGGGAGCUGAUUAGGAGUUUCAUAAUCCCAUACAUCAAGGGUCCAGACUACAAGGAAGGCUGGUUUUUGAGAUUUGUUAGGGUUAUGGGGUUGGCAAUUCCAGGAUUACCGGCUCAUGGACCUGAAGAUUACGUUAAUGCCACCAGAUUAGACUCCCUACCUCCAUUACUUCCUUACCAAGGUCUUAAACGUGAAUGAGAUCAAAUUAUGGUCUGUUUGUUUCUUC